AAUUUAAGAAAAAAAAAAACACAACGACAAAAAAAGAAAGAAAAAAAAAACACAACGAAGAUUCUCUGUCCGGAGCUACAAGGCGGAGCUCCUCCUUUUUCUUUCUCCAUCCUUUUGACUUUUCUACUUUCAGGUUUCUCUCUACAGAUCAUCAGAUUUAAGUUCAUAUUCACAUACUGAGAUUGCAGAUUCAAGCAAGAUCUGGCUAUUGAUUGAGAGAAAAAAUGGACUACCCUGAAAAUUAUAGUUUAACAUUUUCUGGAAUAUUAGUUGCUUUUCUUGAAUUAGCAUUUGCUUAUUGUCUUCUGUGUGUAUCAGCUUUCGUCUUAAUUGCAUCCAAGUUCUUAGUCUAUCUGCCUUGUCCCUGUUCUGGGUUUCUUGAGUACCAAAACGUCCAUAAGCUUCUCAUUGAUUGGCCAUUCGAAAUCAUACUCAUAAUCCAGAAGAUGGCCGUUACCACUAGAACAAGAAUUCGGCAUCAUCAAGAACAAGAAGAGAGGACGAAUUCGGUUGAUAAAGAUAAGAUCUUGGAACUGAUGAAUAAGGUUAGAUUGCUUGAAGAAGUUGUUCAGGCAGAGAAAUUAGCGAGAGCUGCUCUAAUAGUGGAGUUGGAGGAAGAAAGAGCAGCUUCAGCAUCAGCAGCUGAUGAAGCUAUGGCUAUGAUUCUAAGGUUACAAGCGGAGAAAGCUUCGCUUGAAAUGGAAGGUAAGCAAUACGAGAGAAUGAUUGAGGAGAAAUUCGCAUAUGAUGAAGAAGAGAUGAAUAUCCUCAAGGAGAUUCUUUUCAAAAGGGAGAGAGAGAAGCAUUUUCUUGAGAAGGAACUUGAGACUUACAAGCACACUGAUGAAGAUGAUCCAGAGGUUGAUGAUAGAGAACAGAUUGUUUAUGAUGUUCAUGUCAUCGAGGAUGAGAAUGAUGCUAAGAAGAAGGAUGAUGAUGCGUCUGAACACAAAGAGAGGGAAGCUGAUGAUCAGUUGAAGCAAAUGGAAAAUAUGUCGAAGGAUCAUGAUUCAUCAGCAUCAUCACCUUCUUCAUCUUCUCCUUAUUUCUCAUAAGUUUCGCAUUUCUGGUUAUAUAGUCUUUGCCUUUUCUUGUUGAAUGUGUGUUGUGGAAUCUAUUAUGUAGAUUCGGUUUAAGUUGUGAAUAUCAACGUAGAAGUUUGUGAAAUCAAAUAUAGAUAACAUAAAUCAACAACGAUGA